AUGAGAUUCCUAUUUUUUGUGACUAUACUUCUAGGCGUUAUUUGGGCAGAAGAGAAGAUUAAACCGGCUGAGAAUAAUGAUUCUGACUUGACAACAGUCGACUCAUCAACAAAAACAUUACCCACAACAGCUACAGUGAACGGAUUGGUUGAUGAUAAAGAGAUCCUCUCUCGAAUCCUUUCUGAUCCGAAGAAACGCAAGAAGUUGAAUGAUUUGAAUGCUGAAUACAAUUUGAAGUUGAUGACAAUGAUUCGAGAUUUCCGAGAGAAAGAAUUUGGAGUGGUAAUGAUGGAUAAGUUGGCUCUUUCAACAACAACAGCAGCAACAAAGCAACCAAAUGUUGAGGAAAACCCAAAAGUUAAAGAAGGAGCAAAUGAAGAAGAGGAAGAAGAUAAAGAAGAGGAAGAGGGAACAAUUCCUGAAAUAUUUGCGUCUGAUGAAUCAAAUGAUGAAAGUGCUGUGAGCGAUGAAAAUGAAGAAAACUCUCCCGAAAACAAUGAUUUCCCACCAAUCGGAUUCUCUAUCGAUAAGUCAAAGGUGACUCCAUUGCAGAGAAAACAACGAGCAAUCAAGAAAAGAAAAGCUCUUCAACGUCUGAAGGCAAAACUAAGAAAAAUGAGCCCGGCUGAAAGAAGGAAAUGGAGGCAGACACAAAAGAAAAAAGAAAGGAAAACAACUCAACAGAAGCAAGUUCAAAAGAAAGCUCAGAACAAACCCUUUCACAAAUCAACAGAUGAUGAGAAAAAGAUGAAUUGGCGUGGGAAGGGACUGCCUCGAGGGGCAGUUCUCAGUCUCAUUCUCAUCCAUUUCACUUUCGGUUUCUAUCUUCCCGGAUUGGCACCAGUUAAUUUCUGUGAGGAACAAAACAGAAAAGAAAAUUGCGAAAGCAACGUGACACUUUAUGUGAAUCGAUUGGACUCGGAUAGAAGUGUGAUCCCGUACGAAUAUCAUAGUUUCGACUUCUGUGUCGGUUCCGAGAAUGAAUCUCCCGUUGAAAACCUCGGUCAAGUACUUUUCGGCGAACGAAUUCGACCAAGCCCAUAUCAGAUCAGUUUUCUGAAACCUGUUCAAUGUGCCGCGUUGUGCACAAAGAAAUAUCAAAAUUCGGCUCAAGAUAUAGACAAGAUGAGACUUCUGCAAAGGGGAAUGAAACUCAACUAUCAACAUCAUUGGAUUGUCGACAACAUGCCAGUCACGUUUUGCUUUGUGAAUCAACAAAGCAUUCAAGUUUGCACAACUGGAUUCCCAAUGGGAUGUUAUGUGGGCAAAGAUGGAAUGCAACAUGAUGCAUGCGUACUUGAUAAUAAAUUCAAUCAACUGGACAGCUACUACCUUUUCAAUCAUGUCGAUAUUCGCAUCGAGUACAGAGAUAUGAGUCAAGAUCCGAAUUUCCUUGAUGAGAAAGUUGGUGGUCGGAUCAUCUCAAUAAAAGUACAGCCACGAUCAAUCAAACAUUCAUCAGCGGAUAGCUUGGAUUGCUCUGAUACAGCUCCGGCACUUCCAUUCAAAGCCGGAAGUGGAAGUGGAGAAAUCACUUAUUCGUACAAAAUUGAAUGGAUUAAAACCGAAACCAAAUGGGCAUCUCGAUGGGAUUACAUUUUGAACUCAGCACCACACACAAACAUUCAAUGGUUCUCAAUUAUGAACUCGCUGGUUAUUGUGCUUUUCCUUUCGGGAAUGGUUGGGAUGAUUUUGAUGAGAACUCUUCAUAGAGAUAUUGCUCGGUACAAUCAAUUGGAGAAUGAGGAAGACGCUGCUGAGGAAUUUGGAUGGAAAUUGGUGCAUGGAGAUGUAUUCCGAUCUCCCAAAAAUGCAAUGUUCCUUUCGGUUUUCAUUGGUUCGGGAUCACAAGUGCUCAUGAUGGUCUCGAUUACAUUGGUUUUUGCCUGCCUUGGAUUCCUUUCUCCAGCUAAUCGUGGCUCUUUGAUGACUUUUGCCAUUUUCUUCUACGUCUUCUUUGGAAUUGCUGCCGGUUAUGUAUCAGCUCGUUUCUACAAAACUUUUGCCGGUGUUCAUUGGAAGACGAAUGUCAUGCUCACAAGUUUCUUUGUGCCGAGCAUCAUCUUCUGUGUGUUCUUUUUUACAAACACUCUUCUUUGGGCAAAAGGAUCAUCAGCAGCUGUUCCAUUUGGUACUCUUGUCGCUCUUCUAUGUUUGUGGAUGUUCAUCGCCACUCCAAUGACAUUCCUUGGAGCCUAUUUCGGAUUCAAAAAGAAAGCCAUUGAACAUUCAGUCAGAACUAAUCAAAUCCCCAGACAGGUGCCCGAACAAACUUUGUACACGAAACCACUUCCCGGAAUGUUGAUGGGUGGAAUUCUUCCAUUUGGUUGCAUUUUCAUUCAACUUUUCUUCAUCCUCAACUCAAUCUGGGCUCAUCAAACCUAUUACAUGUUCGGCUUUUUGUUCUUGGUCUACACAAUUUUGAUCAUCACUUGCUCGGAGGCUACUAUUCUUUUGGCAUAUUUCCAUCUUUGUGCAGAGGAUUAUCACUGGUGGUGGCGUUCAUUUUUCACCUCAGGAUUCACGUCGGUCUAUCUUUUUGCCUAUUGUGUUCAUUAUUUCACAAGCAAGUUGACAAUUUCUGGAGUCGUCUCAACCAUUCUCUACUUCUCCUACACCGCCAUUUUUGUCUUCCUUUUCUUCUUGGCAACAGGAACGAUCGGCUUUUUGGCAACAUUCUAUUUCGUGACGAAAAUCUACGGAUCAUUGAAAGUCGAC